AUGGUAAAUGUAGUUCUAGGUUUAGAUGCAAAAAAUCAAGCAUCACUUAUAAAGGCGAUAACGUUGGGUCUUAUAGCAUUCGUAGCGAUAGCAAGUAGAUUAUUUAGUAUAAUACGUUUCGAGAGUGUCAUUCAUGAGUUUGAUCCCUGGUUUAAUUAUCGUGCAACAAAAUAUUUGGUAUCAACAAAUUUUUAUGAGUUUUGGAACUGGUUUGACGAAAGAUCGUGGUACCCUUUAGGUAGAGUCGUAGGUGGCACGGUCUUUCCUGGUCUAAUGGUAACUUCAGCUACCAUAUACAAUGUAUUACACUCUUUAAAUUUCCCUGUUGAUAUUCGUAACAUUUGUGUACUGUUGGCACCACUUUUCUCAGCCUUCACAGCUUAUGCUGCUUAUUUAUUGACGGCGGAAAUAAAAGAUUCGUCAGCUGGUCUUUUAGCAGCUGCUUUCAUCGGGGUGGUGCCCGGUUAUAUAUCAAGAUCUGUCGCUGGAUCAUAUGAUAAUGAAGGAAUUGCUAUUUUCUUGUUAAUGUUUACUUUUUAUUUAUGGAUCAAAGCGCUCAAACAAGGUUCAGCAUUUUGGGGUGCAUUGACAGCAUUUUUUUAUUUUUAUAUGGUAGCAGCUUGGGGUGGAUAUGUGUUUAUAAUUAACUUGAUCCCACUUCACGCGUUCGUAUUGAUAUUAAUGGGUAGAUUUUCAAAUAGAUUAUAUGUGGCAUAUUCAUCAUUUUAUGUUCUCGGUACGCUGAUGUCAAUGCAAGUUCCAUUUGUCGGAUUCCAGCCCACUUUUACCAGUGAACAUAUGGCUGCGUUAGGAAUAUUUGGAUUAUUACAAAUAAUAGCAUUUGUCGAACUAGUAAGAAGUCAUGUUCCCUCGGAUCAAUUUCAAAUUCUAUUAAAAAGUUUUGUGGUAAUCUCAUUUAUGAUAAUGCUUUUGGGAUUGGUGUUGCUGACGCUGUCUGGGGUCAUUGCACCGUGGACCGGAAGAUUCUAUUCUUUAUGGGAUACAGGCUAUGCAAAAAAAUACAUUCCCAUCAUCGCUUCAGUAUCGGAACAUCAACCAACAGCCUGGCCAUCAUUUUUCUUUGAUCUUCAACUUUUGGUCUUUUUAUUUCCGGCUGGAAUCUAUUUUUGUUUCAGGGAGUUGAAGGAUGAACAUGUUUUUGUGAUAUUGUACGGCAUCACAUCCUCGUAUUUUGCAGGCGUUAUGGUUCGGUUAAUGUUAACAUUGGCACCUAUUGUUUGUGUCACGUCGGCUAUAACCAUAUCGAAAUUGUUGGAUUUGUAUUUGGAUGUGGGAACGUUGGAUGAUGAAGAUGAUGCUGACAGCAAUGACAAAAAGGCCACGAAUUCGAAAUCAGCAACAGAUGAUAAAGGAAAAUCUUUUGAUAAAUCUGGCAGUGGUGGUGGUGGCUCACGAAAUAAACCACAGGAAAAAAAGAAAUCUACUGGUGGUGGUUUGAAAGGAAUCGGUGAUCAAUUUUUUGGAGUUCUAGGGUUGGAUACUCGUAUAAUAGUGUUGAGCAAUGUCUUUUUCUUUUUGGUGUUAUUUACAUGGCAUUGUACAUGGGUAACAUCAAACGCAUACUCGUCUCCAUCGAUCGUGCUUGCGUCCAGACAAGCAGACGGAUCGCAAGUUAUAAUUGAUGAUUUUCGAGAAGCGUAUUAUUGGCUAAGAAAAAACACAGACUAUUCUUCAAAGGUGAUGUCAUGGUGGGAUUAUGGAUAUCAGAUAGCCGGGAUGGCUGAUAGGACAGUGUUGGUUGACAAUAACACAUGGAAUAAUACGCAUAUUGCCACAGUUGGUAAAGCGAUGUCGUCGAAUGAGGAAGUGGCGUACGAGAUAAUGAGAAGACAUGAUGUCGAUUACGUGUUGGUGAUAUUUGGUGGGUUGUUGGGAUACUCGGGCGAUGACAUUAACAAGUUUUUGUGGAUGAUACGUAUUGCCGAGGGAGUUUAUCCAAAGGAUGUGAAGGAAAGUCUUUUUUUCAAUUCGAGAGGAGAGUAUCGAGUGGAUGAUGAGGCCACACCGACAAUGAGGAAUAGCAUAAUGUACAAAAUGAGCUAUCAUAAUUACAAUGAAUUAUUUGGAGGACAAGGUGGUCAUGACAGAGUCAGGAAUUCAAGAUUGCCAAGCGGUAAGAUUGUUUUGAAUACUUUAGAGGAGGCAUACACCACAGAGAAUUGGAUAGUCAGAAUAUACAAGGUUAAGGAUUUGGAUAUUAUAGGACGUAGUUUGGAGGAUGCAACGAACUUUGAAAUGGGAAAAAAAAAAAGAAGACAGGAUUGUUAUUGGGCAUUACUAUCCAGAAAAGAUUUUAGCUUCUUGUACUUGUCACCUUGGUUGUCGAACAAUUUGAAAAAUGAAUCAUCAGAUUUAUUAUUGGGAACUUCUCUUUUCGACUACUUUCGUCCUGAUGAAAAGAUGUUGGCUCAAAAAGAUUUGACUAGAGUUAAUAAUAAUAAAUUAUCGCUUUCCAUCACAAGCACAACUGCUCUUGAUUUAUCAUCAUCAACUAAUGUUGAUGAAUAUAUUGUUAUGGAUAUCGGAAUCUCUCUUACAAUAGAUGAAUUAAACAAAUGUUUAAAUAAUAAAAAUUCAUCGUCACCAAAUGGUCCAGCAAUCAAAUUCACAACUCCUCCUUCAACACCACAUUCCGAAAAAUUCUUUUCCGGGAAUAAUCCAUUGUUUCCACCGCCACCACCUUCCGAUCGUAUAUUUCAAAUAUUUGAUAGAAAAUCAAAGGAUCUGAUUUUAACUUGGCCUAAUCCAGCCAUCUCAUUUACCGAUAAUAGUAAUAAUACUGCCUAUUACAAUAAAAAUGAUUUCUCUAAAUUAAUACUAGACUGUGUCAACAACGACAACAAGAUUAACAAUUAUAACAAUUACAAUACUCCAAACUGUUUAAAAGCUACAGUUCAUGAUAAACGACUUUUAUUGUUGUCAUCAUCCGGAUCUUAUGGUCAUGUCGAAAGUCUGAUAAUUCCAUAUGGAAAUAUCAUCUUUGCCAGUUUUCAAAUAUUAUCCAACACUAUAAAUCCUUCUUCUUCAAAAUUAUCAUUGACUAACAACAAUAACAUUGGUAAUGGUAAUUUUAGUGAAUCUACUCCUUGUUCACCAACAUCUACUUUAAAAUUAACAACUCCAGUAUGUAUGACUGCUGUUACUGGUAGUAGUGGUGAUGAUUAUAGAAGUAGUAAUAAAAGACCAAGAUCACUCUCCCCACUUCUUUCAAUUAUUAAUGACGGUGACGGCGACGGCAGCGGCAACAAUACAUACCCAUCACCAAAAAGUCAUAAUAACAAUCUACCAUUUAUUUCGCACAAUCCAUCAUCGUCAAUAUCAUCUCCACAACAGUCACAUUCAUUAGCACAAAAUAACAAUCAUCACAUCAAUCAUCAAUAUCAACAAUCACUAAAAAAUAAUAAUGGAUUAAAAGAGUGUGAGAGUUGUCAUACAAAUACUAGUCCUGAAUGGAGAAGAGGUCCAACUGGACAUAAAACUCUCUGUAAUGCUUGUGGAUUAAGAUAUUCUCGUACCAUAGCAAGAGAAAAUCGUAAAAAAGAACAAGCUCACUCGGAAGAAGAGAUGAGGAAACGUGAACAACGUGAACGUGAUGAUAUGGCACCAACUGUGACCGACAAGUCAUUCAUUCUCAAUAAACCACCACCUGCUCCAUAUGCCAACAUUGUUGAUAGACCAAUCGCCGCUGCAUUAAAAUUAAAAGACGGUCAAAUAUUUCAAGGAGUUUCAUUUGGUGCUCAAACUCCUGUUUCUGGUGAAGCUGUUUUCACCACUUCGUUGGUCGGAUAUCCUGAAUCAAUGACUGAUCCCUCGUACCGUGGCCAAAUAUUGGUGUUCACUCAACCAUUAAUCGGUAAUUACGGUGUUCCAGGAAUAUUCAAGGACCAAUAUGGUCUCUUGAAAUAUUUCGAAUCGGACCGAAUUCAGUGCAAGGCAAUAGUUGUCAAUGACUACGCGGAAAGAUAUUCACAUUGGACAGCGGUAGAAUCACUCGGUGAAUGGUGUGCUCGUCACGGUGUACCUGCUAUAUCAGGAGUAGACACUCGUGCCAUUGUUCAUAUUUUAAGAAAUAAAGGUUCCACUUUGGCUAAAUUGGUCGUUGGUGAAGAUGCAAAUACCCAUAACUUUUCAAAAAUUGAUUACGAAGACCCAAAUAAAAAAAAUUUGGUCCAAGAAGUUAGCACAGAGAUUCCUGUAUCGUACAAUCCAUUUGGCGAUAUUAAAAUAGCUGUUAUAGACUGUGGUAUAAAGACCAAUAUCUUGAGAUGCCUUGUCGAAAAGGGUGUCUCUGUCACUGUUCUUCCAUGGGACUUUGACUUUAAUAAAAUUUCCAACCAAUUUGAUGGUAUCUUCAUCAGCAAUGGCCCCGGUGAUCCAACCAAAGUCUUAAAAACAGUGGAGAAUCUUCGUAUAGCUUUAGACACAUAUAAAAAACCAAUCUUUGGAAUCUGUAUGGGAAAUCUGUUACUAGGAAUGGCUGCGGGUCUCCCCGUCUAUAAGCUCCGGUUCGGGAACAGAGGUCAUAAUGUUCCGGCUCUUAAUGUCAGAACCAACAAGUGUAUCAUCACAUCACAAAAUCAUGGUUAUGCCCUUGAUGACAAAAUUCUACCACAAGGAUGGGAAAAAUAUUUUGUAAAUGUCAAUGAUGGAUCUAAUGAAGGUAUUCGUCAUGUCUCCAAACCUAUGAGAUCUGUACAAUUCCAUCCCGAGGCCUGCGGUGGUCCACAGGAUUCAAGUUACUUAUUUGAUGAAUUUGUGGAUCAAGUUCGUUCUUAUAAACUCAAGAAUGAAGGUGUUAAAACAUUUAUUGAUACAGAAAUUAGAAAACAACCAGUUUUAACUAGUUAA